GCCAAUCACAAACAAUGGCCGGCGGACGCGCCGUCGCCGCGCUCGUCCUCUGUGCCCGCACCGCGACAGCAACCAACGCGACGUGGUGCAGCGCCCGCAACCAUCGGCGCUUAGCGGGCGGCUGCGUCCAUUCCAUAAGGCCAGCCCUGCCCCACGCCGCCGCGGCGCGCCUCGGCUCUUUAUUACAACGGGCGUGGCAGCAAAACAGCUUCCUCUACGCCACGAACUGCCGACGAAGCGGCAACGCGUGCGAGUGCGGCAACAAGAAGAUGCGCAUGAGUACAAAGGACUCCGCGCCGGCGCAAGCCGCCGCUGUAUACUGCAGAGAUAAACGAGGCGGUUUUAUUUACUCGAAGCACGAGCUGGACCGGGCUUCCACCGCCCACGCACUCCUCGAAAAAACUGUGGACGCGCUGAUACGGCCACGGCUCGAAGACGCGAUCGGCGGGCCCGUCGCGAACCUGACCGACUGGUUCGCGUCCGCGUUCCAGAGCGGCGGCUGGCUCGGCAUCCAUACCGAUGUUGGAUUGGGGCACGUGGCCUUCGUCCUGAACCUGACUCCUGACGACAAUGCAUUUAGGGGGGGUGACUUGGAGUUUGCCGAGGGCCACGUCAUGGGCCACGCCGUAUCUCCGAAGUUCAACAGCCUCGCGGCCUUCCGCGUCGGAAGUGGCGCGCACCCGCUGCCGCACCGCGUGACGGCCGUCGACGCGCCACGGGAGAGCCUACCCAGACUCGCGAUCACGGGCUGGUACACGAUUCCCGGGGCAGACCCGCGUGCCGUCAGCCCGGCGAUUCUAAACGCGGAGAAGGGGAGACGGACACGGUAAACUUGUUUUUGUGUG